AUGACACCGUCAAGAGUUGGCUUCAGCUUGAUUACCCUCAAAAAGCCAAUGCAACAUUCACUACUGAGUAAAUGCUGUUGGAAACAUUUAAAACGUACGCUUGAAUUACCGUUCAGUGCACCAUAUUUUAAAUCCGUUCGUGGACGUUACCAACAAGAUAGGCCCGCACACUCCGGGAAAACACUCUUUUCGGUUAGAAAGUCUGGAAGAAUGCAUCAUGCGUCCAAUAAAAAUCACACCACCAUAUCCUUUGGACAAGGUGAACGUGACCCCGCGAUUUCCAUGAUGUUGAAAGCAGAAAAUAUAUUAGAGGAGCAUCACAUAAUUAAUGAAAUAUCAAAAGCCGAAUUUGUCAAUUACUUAAGAACGUUGUCUACAAAGAAGCCCGAGAAAUCACUUGUUGAACAAGAUAGCUUUCUAGUCAAGAAUGUCAACUCAGGGAAUGUGGAUCAAGCUUGGGAUUAUUACACGAAAAAAGAAGAGGAUGGACUUUUGGCGAAUUUGCCUCUCAAAUUUAAAAUCCACCUGUUGUAUUAUUUAAUAAAGUUAUCAAGAUUAGAAGAAGCAAGGAAGAUAAUCUCUCACUUGAAGACAAGAAAAAAUGAUAGAUGGUUAGAAAAUUAUUUGCUAAUCAUGGAAUGCCUGGCGACCCUUAAUUUAAAUGAGGCAAUCAAACUGUUCAAGGAUCUCAUGAUAGGAAAGGAGGAUUUGCCCAGAUUUAAAGUGUUGUCUAGCUUGAUAUUGGCACUUUUGAGCAAAGAGGAUAUCAGGGGAAUGGAAGAACUGUUGUUUACCGUAGAACGGUAUUUUGAUAAGCCGUUACCCGUGGAAAUAUAUAAUACAGCGAUGUCCGGAUAUGUCAAGGGAAAGUGCUAUGAGAGAGCGUGCUGGUUGUUGGAGAAAAUGGGACAGAAAAACGUGGCACCUAGUCGAGUUACUUAUAAUAUAUUAUUAAAAAUUUGCGCAGGGAUGGGUAACGGUGAAGAAGCAAUAAAUCUGUUCAAUGAAAUGUCACGUACAAAAAAAAUCGCACCAAACGCCAGGACGUAUUCUGGUCUCUUUGAAACGUUUGGGAGAGCGAGAAGUACGAAUUUGUGCAACUACUAUUUCAAUCGCAUGAUGUCCAUGGGAGUGAAACCCAAUUGCUAUACAUAUGGAAUCUUGAUCGCUGCUUACGCGCGGUCAAAAAGAUAUAAAGAGGCGAGUCAAUGGUUUCGUCGCAUGGUAAAAUCUAACGUGCCACCAACGUUGGUCACCUACACCAGUUUGCUGGUCGCGUGGACGAUACAAGUGCGAUACGAUGCGCGAAUCGUGGAUAGGAUCUUCGAGGACAUCAAAAGAUCCGGGGUUAAUCUGGAUGUCGUGGCAUAUACAGCGUUUAUUCACGCUAAGGCAAAAACCCUCAAUCUCGUCGACGCAAUCCGAAUUUACCAGGAAAUGUUGAAAAAUAACAUAAAACCAAACGUGUAUACCUAUACCGUUCUAAUCUCCGCUUCUGCAAAAUUAGGAGAUCUGAACACUUGUUUGCGUCUAUUCGAGGACAUGAAAAACGCAGGUAUCCAACCUAAUGCAUACACGUACUGUUCCAUCAUGGACGCCUAUGCCAAAAAUCGAAUGCUCCCAAAAGCUUUCGAAAUUCAUGAUGAAAUGUUGGCACGGGGAAUUCAACCCGAUACAACGUGUAUCAACUGUUUGAUGGAUGCUUGCAACAGGGAACGACAAAUUGAUCGAGUAUUUGAAUUGUACAAUAGAUUGCUUACAGAUCCCAACCUUAAGCCUGAUGAAUAUAGUAUUACAAUUUUCCUUGAUUCUUGUACGUUUAACGACCGUGCCGCCGACGGCAAGAUAUUCUUUGCCAACUUGGUGAAAAACUAUAAAGAGAUUUCUGAACGCAAUUUUUAUGCAUAUAUCAACUUGUUAGGCAUUAACAAUUACAAUAAUGAAAUUUUAGAUGUAAUAAAAUUGAUGAAGGAAAGACGUGUUACACCAACAAGAAUGACUUUAAUGUGUGCCUUGCACUACAUUCGAAAAAUUAAUCGGAGCGAGAAUGAAAUUUAUGAAAUCAAGCAACUUCUUGUUAAUUGGGUUGACAAAUGCGUCUUUCCCCGUAAUAUAGACAUGUUGAAUUUUGAAAGAUCACACCGAUUCUAA